AGAGGGCUGGUCUUUAAUCGACUUGCGUGCGCGCGUGUGUGUAAAGAGUGUGUGUGAGCCUAUGCAUGCGCGUGUGUAUGUAUCUCAGUGUGUGGAGGGCAGAUCGAGAUACAGUAGUAACCCGGAGUGAGGUGGCAGUCUUAUUCCACAUCGACACCGACUUGCCCUGCAUGCGUCCUGUCUGCAUUUACAUCGCUGUGCGCACUUGAGGAGUGAAAGAGAAAAGAGUCAAGAUGGCAACUGGAAGUGGCUGUGGACAAUCCGGGAUUUAGUCUUUUCUGUAUUUGAGGUUUUUUUGUGCUAUCAAGUGACCGGCCGUGCAAGGCGUGAAUAACUGAAGUUUUUUCUCGGGACUUAUCUGCUAUAGAAUUAGCAACAAAGGACGGGAGCGCGCAUUCAUGGGAUGCGACUUUGACAGCUCUCCAUUUCUUGUCCUUUAACUUUAUUAUCUGGCAGCGGGGGCGAGAUUGUGAUUGGAGCCGGAGAGAAUGGCUGAGGCUCCGCUCCCCGACACACUCAAGGACCUGGAAGUGGCUAUAGACCCGGACUUUGAGCCCCAAAAGCGGCCAAGGUCUUGCACCUGGCCUCUGCCGCGACCGGACUCGAGCGCGGUGAAGCCGGAGAGCAAUGACACAGAUAUUAUACCCGAGGAAGAGGAUGACGAAGAGGACAGUGCCACCGCGGCUGCCAUCAGUGUCAAUGGCUCUGGCGCGGCGGCAGAAGAUCAGAGUAGCAACAGUCCCAUUGCCGAUGGAGCGCUCUCCUCACCCGGCCAGGAGAGCAGUGGCUCCCCGCUCUCCACACACUCCCCGACGGCCACCCCUGGCGCUCUGAACCCCAGCAGCUUGUCUGCCGUGCAGACCCCAAGGAAAACAUCAUCUCGCCGUAACGCCUGGGGGAAUCUCUCCUACGCCGACCUGAUAACCAAAGCCAUUGAGAGCUCGCCAGAAAAGAGACUGACACUGUCCCAGAUUUAUGAGUGGAUGGUGAGAUCCAUCCCUUACUUCAAAGACAAAGGCGACAGCAACAGCUCCGCAGGAUGGAAGAAUUCCAUCCGACACAACUUAUCCCUCCACAGUCGUUUCAUCCGUGUCCAAAAUGAGGGAACAGGAAAGAGUUCUUGGUGGAUGAUCAAUCCAGAAGGAGGAAAGGGUGGUAAGGCUCCACGGCGCCGGGCAGUCUCCAUGGACAACAGCAACAAGUACACCAAGUCCGCCCGCGGCCGUGCUGCCAAGAAGAAGGCAGCCCUGCAGGCUGCAGCUGCUGCAGCUGGUGAAGGUGGUGCGGACAGUCCUUCAGGUCUCUCUAAGUGGCCUGGAAGCCCGACCUCACGCAGCAGCGAGGAGCUGGAUGCUUGGACAGACUUCCGCUCUCGCACAAACUCCAAUGCCAGCACAGUGAGUGGCCGCCUCUCACCUAUUCUGGCCAACCCCGAGCUAGACGAGGUGCCUGAUGACGAGCCGCCUCUCUCGCCUAUGCUCUACUCCAGUCCUGGCAGAACACUGUCUCCUGGGAACGCCAAGACGAAUGGGAAGGCUGUGCCGACUGAGCUGCCCCGUUUGGCAGACCUGGCGGGUACAAUGAAUCUGAAUGAUGGACUCACAGAUGACAUAAUGGAUGAGUUCCUGGAGAACAUCAGCAUGGUGCCAACCACUUCCAGCCAGACUGCACCAAAUGGUUCCUCAGGUUUCAGUUUUGGGUCCAAACCCAGUGGGAUAGCCUCACCUUCCUCCACUUCCUCUCCAUCCUCCAAUUCUUCUUCUAAUGGAAGUGCUAGCUACAGUAACUCUAUCUUCGGCCCCCACACGGCGGGCUCCUCUCUGCGUUCGUCCCCCAUGCAGACCAUCCAGGAGAACAAGCAAACGUCCUUCUCCAGCAUCAGCACGACCCGCUUUGGCACCCAGACACUGCAAGACUUGCUCAACUCUGACAGUCACAACCAUAGUGAUGUAAUGAUGACCCAGUCAGAUCCAUUGAUGUCACAGGCCAGUGCAGCUGCCCUCGUUUCCCAGAACUCCCGCCGUGGCCUCAUGCUCCGCAAUGAUCCUGUCAUGACUUUUGGGACAACUGGAGGACUUCAAAGCAACCAACAAGAGAUGCUGCGAAGUAACAACCACAAUCACAGCUCUCUGAGGUCUAUAAAUGGAGGCUUGAACCUAGUGAAUGAGGCUAACACUCUGGCUAAUGCCAAACAGCAGCUCCUGCUCUCACCCCUGGGAGGAAAUGGGUCUUCCUCCAUGCAGAUUGACACCUCAAUCUUCCUGAGUGGGACAGUUAGCAGCAAUGGAGGGAACUAUCAGGAUCGUUUCCCCACAGAUCUGGACCUGGACAUAUUCAAUGGCAGCCUGGAAUGCGACAUGGACUCCAUCAUCAGGAACGAUCUUAUGGAUGCAGAUGGCCUGGAUUUUAACUUUGACUCUCUUGCCAACAUGAAUGGAGUCAGCAACUUCACAAACACCAAGCAGACCUCUCAGAGCUGGGUACCCGGCUGAGAGGGUGGGAGCAGAGCAGGUCUGACCUGUGUGGUGCAAGAGAAGAUCGGACACACAACAUCCUUUUUGCCAAACCUGCCAUCAGCACAAUGUAAAAUAACCAACCCUGUGUUUACAGAAGAAGACUUCCUCUUGAGAGCUUUACCUUCGCUCCCACACUGGUGAACCAUGAAAGAUCCUGCAGACUCGAGAGAUGCUGCGCAUGAGCCCUCAAAGCUUCUUGUGAAACGACAACAGCAAAAACGAAAGCUACAUCUAACAAUCACAAGAAACUCACAAAUCUUAGAAUUAUGCAAUUUUCCUUUGACGCCCAGUCUGCUGAUAUCAAAGAGACACUGCUUAUCAAAAAGGGGUCUUCAGGUGGAAAUUGAGGACUAAAUGGCAAGCAAAGAAUCGAAGGAGAGCAUGGUGCAGUUGUUCCCACUGAAGUGUAAAGAGAAAAAAAAAACAAGACAUGUUGUGGUGUAAAUCAGAUCCAGUGGUUUCCUGAGACGUGUAAUACUGAAAAAGAAAUUCCCACUGUUCUAAGUAAUUUUAAAUGUCAUAUGUUGUUGUUGUUGUUGUUUUUUGAGUUCCUGUUUUAUCAUAUUUGUUUCUUAAUCAAAAAUGUCUGUAGAGAAAGAGUCAUUGUACUGGUGAAAUGAAAAGGUGGAAAUGGGAGUGUCGUACUCACUGAGUGGCCACUUAUUCAGUCCAUGUGUAGACAAACUGAAACGUUGCCCCAGAUUGCGAAAUCUCCAAAACCCCAGAAGUUUAAAUUCCUCAAUUUAACACAAUGCACUUGCUGUUUUCUAUAUUAUAUGAUGCAUGACUUUGAAAUAACAGCAGCAUACUGAGGGUUAUAUUAUGAUUAGAUGAUUGCUACAGCUUUUGUUUUAUCCUUGUAUAUAUCAAAAGACUAGAGGAAGAAAACUUCUGGUACAGAAUAGUGCAGGGCAGGUAAAAAUUCAAGAGGGAAAAGAUCUUGUAUGUCUUCUCAUUGCUUUCCUAACUUCUGGUGAGUUCUGUUGAGGUCAUUUAUCACAGCAUUCGAUGUAGCCAAAACAAAAACCUGUGUCCUAGGGUUGUGAACAUUUCCACACCACAACAGGUGCUAUAUAAACAGUGUUGAAUCCUGUCCUGCGAGGAAGCUGUGCAUAUUUUCUGUUCUUUUUUUUUUCCUGUUUUUACCCAAAACCCACAGAAGCCUCGAGCUGCGGCCACUUGUAGCAUGAUAAGUUUGAGCAAAGGGAGAAGGUUGUUGUCUUUUUUUUUUUCCUUUUAUAGGCUCAUUCCUCUAGAAGCCAUUUGUUUCUUGAUUAAAACAAUAAGCUAUCUCUGUAUAUUGCCAAAUUACUUGAAAUAAACAGUAGGAUAUGCUGGCAGCCAAAUGACAGCACACACAUUUAUGCACACACUUAAAAUACACACACACACACACACACACGGGGAAAAAAAAAAAGCAAAAAAAUAGCAGGGAUCCAUGUUAAGCUCUGCAGGUUUCUUGUCGUGAGAUUGUGGGGCUUGUUAUGCAUAUACAGAAUCACUCAGGGGGUGAGGAAGGAAGGCUUUCCAUUUAAGAAACGUCAAGCCACAGUCGAGUAGUAUUUUAACGUUUCUUGGGGGGGAAAACAUAUUUUCUUUGUGUUUCUGAACUUGUAACCUGUGAACUUUUGGCCACCAGGAUGAAGAAUUAGAAGGACGAUAAAUGUCAGGAUUAUUACUUCACACAGUCUGUUGUUUUUUGGUUUUGUUGUCAUAGCUUUUUUCUCCUCUUGUUUGACUCUUGACACACACACACACACACAGAUCCCCUCGUGGACACGCCUGGUGCUCCUGCAGGUGACUUCCUGUAUCUCCUAAAUACAUGUUAACGUGUGUACGUGUUUAUCGAUGGAGUUUUAUUUCAACUGAAUUAAUCUCACGAGGGUUUGUAGCUCCUCGCGGUGCAUACAGAACAGCCGACUGUAUGCAUGUAUGUAUUUAUGCAUUAUGAACCGUGUGAAAUGCAUAUUUACUCGCUGUAUGUCCUUAUAUGCUCAUGUAGUACUUGACCCUUGGGGUUUGUCAUACCUCUGAAUUUGAAGAAAUAGCAAAUACAUCAUGCGCCGGGUAAGGAGGGAAAACUGUUACCAGCAAUUUUAAUUGUUGAACCAGAUUUUGGAAAUGGUGGAAGGCACCAUUGUUGUAGCAUCUGGAGACCCCUUCUCCAUUUGGGGGCAGUGACAUGAAGUGUAUUCCCUGUCAUGUAUAUCAGUGUACAGAUUCGUGUAUAUCUCUUUGAAGCUAAGGAAGGAAGGAGGAGUGGGUGUGCAUGGUUGGCUAGAAUGGUCUGUUGUACUAACUGAGGUUUAGCGCAUGAGCUAGCUGGACCUUUCUCAACCUGAGAGGAACACUGUGUUUUUAGUGCUAAAACACUCUGUUCCUUUUUAAAAAAUUAAAAAAUAAAAAAGUAAUAAUCAGGGCUUAAAGAGGAGCACUUGCACCAUCCUCCGAUAUUAUUAUUAUUAUUACAAACCCAUUACACUGACAUAGUGAAAAUGUCAGCAAGCUGGAAUUACCAACACCUUGCUACAUCUAAAAUUUCCAGAACACUAUCUGUCUUUUCUGUUGUCAGGGGGACUCCUGAGCCAUCACCUGAACUGUUAAGCAUUUGAAUUCAUCUACACUGUCUGUACUUAAAAUUACUUACUCCUGUGAAGACGACAGGCAAAGUGAAAUCCGGGGAACGCAGUCAUCUUUGAAAAGAGCUCUUAUCAAUUUGGGAAAUAUCAAAUCUAAAAGGCGUUCCUAACAUUAUGUGCACUCGGCUCGGUGUAAAAAUGCAUCGACUCUUUGGGAGGGUAGUUUUCUCGUAGUCAUAGCUGAGCAGGCCUUUCACAAAACCACUGCUUCAUUCAGGCACAGAUGACCUCCUCUCAUGCUCGACACACACGCGCAGAACAAAAUAUGCUGGUUUAAAGCUGAGAAAAGCAAAAAUAGACACAUACCACUAGAAACCUUAAUCACCUCUUGGACAUUUUCUUUAUAUUAUCUUCUUAUGAGUCCUUCCAUCCUUGUUAAGAAGCCCAGGCCAGCUCCCUUUCAUACACACUCUGAACUUUUCCCUUUGAACUUUUGCUCUUUAUUAAUCUUGCUUAUUCUCAACUUAAUGUUAGUGGGUAUUUUCCUGUGUAUUACAUUUUGAAUUUUGAAGUUUGUAUAAGAAAUAGUGCGCAUGUAAAUAAAGCUUGGUGAGGCUCCACACAC